AUGGGGUGCAGAAAGGACAAAAGAGCAGCAGAAAUGAUUGCUUUAGACUUUCGACCCUUUUCAAUCGUGAAUGAUGAGGGUUUCAUCCGGCUGUUUCGCACGGCCCUUCCCAAGUACAAGCUUCCGUCUCGAACAUACCUCAGCGAGAAUCGCAUUCCUCAAAUGUCUGUGAAAGCAAUGCCACAGCUUCCCUCAUUGGCCCACUUGUGCAAGGAAUUGAAAAGGUUCUGGAAGGAACGUCAAGUCCUGGAGCAGGAACUAUGAAAGAACAGAUAAUGAGCAAAAUGGAACUC